AACUGCUCUUAAAAGUGAAAGUUGGGAGAAGGGGAAAAGCUAAGGUGGGUAGUUAUAACAAAUAUAGAUCAUAUCUUAUACGCAAAAAAAAUGCAGAAAAAGGCCUGCAAAAUCAAAUUCGAGGAAAGAAUAAGAAAGGAUGUAUAGUUGGCCAGCUUUGAACCUGAGAAAGUUCUAAAAGGUCACAUACUAUAAUAGAACAGUUACUAGUAUUUUGCAAAGCAGAGAGGGGUAUAAAUAGAAAGGGAAAAAAGAAAUUUCUUUAGUUGAAUGUUACUUUAGGGUUGGUUGCUGCUUUGUUGAAUGGGUUAUGCAAGACUGGAUCAAAAAGAAUAAAUGAAAUAUGAAAGGUGAUUUUUGCAGGGUGAAAUGAUAUGCUUAUUAGAGGAACAUGGGAAAGAAAGGCAGCUGGUUUUCUGCGAUCAUAAGACUCUUCACACCCAAUUCUUCCAAGGAUAAGCAAGCUAAUGGAACAAAGAGGAAAAAAUGGAAGCAAGGAAGAGGAGUGGUAACGCAUGGAGAGAGCAAAUCAUAUUUUCCACUAUGCAGAGAGGCAAGCAGUAUUGAGAAGAUAUUAGGGGAGGCAGAUGAACAUAGGCGACAGCGCCGGGAACUUGUUCCUGAUGAAAAGCCCAGACUUUCCUCUGGGAGGAAGACACCUUCCUCACCAAGCCGCCCUCCUCCUCCGGGAGCUUCUUCUUCUUCUAAGGUCAGCUGGCAACGUCCAGAAGUGAACGGUUAUGUACAUCGACCUGCGGCAGAACCAACUCGGAAUGCUCUUCAGGUCUCUGCCGCCAUCAGGAUCCAGGCUGCCUUUAGAGGCUAUAUGGCAAGGAGGGGGUUUAGAGCUUUGAGGGGCUUAGUGAGGCUUGAAGGAGUGAUGAGAGGUCAAAAUGUAGAAAAGCAGGUCUUGAAUGCCAUGAAACAAAUGCAGUUUAUGGUUAGGAUUCAAACACAAAUUCAUCAUCGAAGGAUCAAAAUGUUGGAAAGCCAGGCCCGGGAUUUAAACAACGAUAUGGAUGGCGAGUGCACCCUCCCCAAUUGGACCCCAUCUACACGAGCAGGUAUCCCGGAGAAUUGGGAUGGUAGUAUGCUAACCAAAGAUGAAAUAGAACAAAGGGGGCGAAGAAAAGCGGAUGCAGUUAUCAAUAGGGAGAGAGCUAUGGCUUAUGCAUAUUCCAAUCAGUUGUGGAAAGGCAAUAAGCUGAGAUGGAGUGGAUACCCCUCUGUGUGGUGGAACUGGUUAAACCACAGCCAGCCUGAUAUAAAGAACAUCCAUCGAACGCCUCCUCGAGCCCCAUCUGGGAGCAAGCCUAGUCCACAUUUUCCGGCUACACCAUCAUCAACAAAGUCAGCUGUUCCAAUGAGAACCAAAGACUUCAAUACUUCUACAAGUUCCCCUUUCCACUACCCAUUGGCCGAUGAUGACAGCCUUACAAGCUGUCCUCCCUUUCCAAGUUACAUGGCACCAACUGCUUCGGCGAAAGCGAAAGCGAGGAGGCCAUUUAACUACACGAGGGAGAGGAAUGAUCAUUUUACGGGUGGAACUUCUUCAAACGACUCGAAGAGGAGGUUUUCGUUUCCUUUAACUCCAAAUAGUAAUGCUGGGUCGUCUUUCAGGUCGAACAAAGAGUCAAGCAAAGAUGCUACUCCUAAGAGUGUGGACUCAACUGUUUCAAUGCCAGCUAUUGUUGGGAGGAAACCAUUUAACAGAUUUGUGUGAUUUGAUUUUUUUGUUGUGCUUUGUUUUUGUAACCAUUUGUAUAACCAUGGUUGUGUGUUUUUAUUUUGGGGUGUUAGUUUCACAGCAGAUUUGAAUAAUAGUACCCUAAAUAAGAUUUUUAUUUUCGCAUAUUUUGCAAAAAAAAAUCUUGUUUCUCGUGUGAAUAUACAAGUUGGUGUACAUGAUUGUAGUACAAAAAACAUUUGCCUACAUCCAAGAGCUUGUUUGAUAACUAAUAUUUUCAUCUUAUUAGUCAUUUUUGUUUAUCAGACACUGU